GUUGAUUCGUUCGCUCGUUACCGGACACCGUAGUCCCGGCCCCUGAGGGCUGGAGAGGCGUUGAAGAUGCCGAGCAAGCGUCGUAACAACGGCCGUUCCAAGCAUGGCCGCGGUCACACCUCCUUCAUCCGCUGCUCCAACUGCGGGAGGGCCACACCCAAGGUGACUGAGGGGGGGGACACACACGACACACAGGGACGCAGGAGGGGGGAAGGGAGGAGGGAGGAAGGCCAGCGUGGCAACAGAGGGCGAGGUCAGCGAGUGAGGCCGGUUGAGGGCAGGGUGGCGACAUGUCGACGAGUCAGGAGGGCGGCUGUGGAUCAGGGGAGGGCAGGGAAGAGAUCUGUCGGUCAUCUGUCGGUGCACUUGGACCGCUCUGUUGUCUGUGCGCGUGUGUCUGUAUGGUCAUGUCUGCAGGACAAGGCUGUGAAGCGUUUCAACGUGCGCAACAUCGUCGACGUGUCGUCCCAGCGUGACAUCAAGGAGGCCUCCGUCUACGCAAGUAACACCACGAGACACACACACACGGAGAGACCCAGACGCAGAUAUCUAGAUCCACACACACAUCCACUUCACUCCUCUUCCCCUGUGUGUGUGUGCGUCCUUCUCUGUGGCCAUCGGUUGAUUGCAGCGUACAGCCUUCCGAAGCUGUACAUCAAGCAGAUGUAUUGCAUCAGCUGCGCCAUCCACGCCCGUAUCGUCCGUGUGCGCAGCUCCGAGCAGCGCAAGAACCGCGAGCCGCCCCCCAGGUUCGGGCAGCGGCCGCAGCAGGGCGGAGGAGGGCCCAGGUAGACGUAGACCUGACGUGUUGUGAGGCUCGCUCGGCUCGGCUGGGAGAUGUGUGGGCGGUUUGCCCUCUCUCUGUGUCGAGUGCGUGGCGUGGAGUGGCGUGGGGUGAUUUUCUUGCAAUGAUGCGUGAGAGGUGUGUGGGUGGGUGAGUGGAUGGAUGGAUGGAUGUGAGGAUUCGGUCGAGCAGUGGGCCCAUAUGUGUGUGGACCCGACGUGUGUGAGGUGGUGUUUCAAGCAGCAAGUGUUCUUAAUUGCGAUGCUUGCCGUUCGUUCGUGUCCGAACACACAACAAGCAGCUUUACAGUCAGUCAGCCAGUCGCACGCACACGUCACCUGAGAUGGAACCACAGCCAGCUGAGAUGCGCUCGAACCACACACUGCCUUGCGAGGAGCAUCGGUAUCGCCCGUCAGGUCUGAACAUUUUGCGCUUGACGGUUGACGCAGACGCCACAGGCAACGGUGGGUGCAGCCAAGCAAC